CUACGCACCUCUCCACUCACACCACUCCCAUUAAUUGGAUCUGCAGCUCUACUUCCAUCCACCGAUAUCUAUCCCCUCCCCCCCGAUCCGUGACUGCCAUUUCGUCAUCCUCUCUCGCUACACAGCUUCUGUAACUCAUCAUAUGUCAUAUUAUCGGAAUCGUCGCCCGGUCGAUCUCCGGUUCGGUGCGGCGGAGCUCCGGCAAUCCGAAAGUUGCUAUCCCCAGGAUCAGAGUCGAUUCUCGUAGGUUCAGUGAUCGAAGCAUGAAUCCUCUGUGCUGCAUUGCGCCGGUGUCGGUCGAAAAGGAUCCGGCUGUGGUGAAGUCCCAAACCCUAAGUCAGGAGCUCGUGGUUGAUGGAAACUGCUGCGACGAGAGUUUAAGUUUCAACAACAACAGCAAUGUGAUUCUGCAGCCGGUGAGUUUGUCGACCAAUGGCGGAGGCGAUCUACUGGCUGAGAAGUGCGAUGAAAGUGAUGAGAUCAAGAGUGUGGCUGGCAUUUUGUAUAAAUGGGUGAAUUACGGGAAGGGAUGGAGGGAGAGGUGGUUCGUGUUGGAGGAUGGGGUGCUCUCGUAUUAUAAGGUGCACGGGCCGGAUAAGAUUGUCGUGGCUCCGGUCCGAGAGAAGGGGACGAGGGUGAUUGGCCAGGAAAGUUGGAGAUAUAUGAGGAAAGGUAGUAGUGGAAAUGGGAAUGGGAACGGGAGUGGAACCGGAAAUGCUCUUGGGUCGGGGAAGCAGUGGAAGCCAUUUGGGGAGAUACAUUUGAAGGUCUCUUCUGUUCGGGCCAGCAAGUCAGAUGACAAAAGACUUUCAAUAUUCACAGGAACAAAAACUCUUCACUUGCGCUGUCAAUCCAAAGAGGACAGAGCUUCAUGGAUUGAGGCUCUUCUGGCUGCUAAAGAUAAAUUCCCCAGGCUAUUGACAAGCAAUGACUUGGCACCUUCUGAAGAUUUUGUUGUUACAGCAGAAAAGUUAAGGUCACGGCUAGUUGAGGAGGGCAUUAGUGAGACUAUAAUAAAGGAUUGUGAGUCUAUAAUGCUGGGUGAAUUUGCUGAGGUGCAACAUCAAUUGAAGAGUCUUCAACUUAAGCACAUGUUACUGCUUGACACAUUAAGAAGACUGGAGACAGAGAAGAUUGAACUGGAAAAAACUGUAGUCGAUGAAACAAAGGGCAGAGACUCUUUCUGUGGACAAGGGAAUAGAAGAUUCAGCGAUUUCUAUUCAGUUAUGUCUGAGGGCAGUGCAAGUGACUCAGAGGCAGAUAAUGAGAGUCGAUACGGAGUAGACAUUGAAACAGAUGAUGAUGAUGAUGGUAUCUUUUUUGACACAAAUGACUUUUUAUCCGCUGAGUCUCUAAGAAGUGCUUCCUAUCGUAGCAGAGAUAAUCCAAUAUAUAUUCACAGCCCCCGGAGUGAAAAAGAUGCUUCCUUUUCUGGUCAUUUAAGAGAAGCUGCUACUGGAGUCAAGGGAAUUGAGUUUCCCUACAUCAAAAGAAGGGCUAGUUUACCAGAACCAAAGGAGAAAGAGAAGCCGGUUGGCCUAUGGUCAAUCAUUAAGGAUAACAUUGGCAAGGAUUUGUCUGGUGUUUGUCUUCCUGUGUACUUUAAUGAGCCUCUGUCCUCACUGCAGAAAUGCUUUGAAGAUUUGGAAUACUCAUAUCUUGUCGACGAAGCUCUGAAAUGGGGGAAACAGGAAAAUGAAUUGAUGAGAAUUCUGAAUGUAGCAGCUUUUGCAGUGUCUGGUUAUGCAUCAACAGAAGGCCGGCAAUGCAAACCCUUCAAUCCUCUCCUUGGGGAAACCUAUGAAGCUGACUAUCCGGAUAAGGGUCUACGGUUCUUUUCUGAAAAGGUUAGUCAUCAUCCAAUGGUUGUUGCCUGUCAUUGCGAGGGCAGAGGGUGGAAAUUUUGGGCAGAUUCUAAUCUCAAAGGGAAGUUCUGGGGUCGUUCCAUCCAGCUUGACCCUGUGGGAGUUCUUACCCUUCAGUUUGAAGAUGGAGAGACAUUUCAGUGGAGCAAGGUCACUACUUCUAUAUAUAACAUUAUAAUUGGUAAAAUCUAUUGUGAUCACUACGGCACCAUGCGCAUAAAAGGCAGUGGUACUUACUCUUGCAAACUCAAAUUCAAAGAACAGUCUAUUAUAGACCGGAACCCACAUCAGGUUCAUGGAAUUGUGCAAGACAAUAGGACUGGGGAGAAAGUUGCGGUUUUAAUAGGGAAGUGGGAUGAAGCAAUGUAUUAUGUGAUGGGAGAUCCAAGCACAAAGCCAAAAGGAUAUGACCCUAUGACAGAAGCUGUUUUGCUUUGGGAAAGAGAUAAAUCUGUUACCAAGACAAGAUAUAAUCUCACACCAUUUGCGAUAUCCUUAAACGAAUUGACACCUGGCUUGCGGGACAAGCUGCCACCAACAGACUCAAGACUGAGACCCGACCAGAGGCAUUUGGAGAAUGGAGAAUAUGAGCUGGCAAAUGCUGAGAAGCUGAGGCUCGAACAGUUGCAGCGACAGGCAAGGAAGUUGCAGGAUAGAGGGUGGAAACCAAGAUGGUUCGGGAAGGAUGAAGAUGGUUGUUACCGAUACAUGGGAGGAUACUGGGAAGCUAGGGAGAAACACGAGUGGGAUGGGAUCCCUGAUAUAUUCGGGCAGCCGUGUGAUUUACCAGCCGAGGAGGUAGCUGCUCCUCUGCCUUUAACAUAAAUUGUGAAUACUAUCAAUCAAGGCAGAUGGGGAAUCGUUUAUCCUAGCAACAUCAUCAGCAGUAAGCCCCAUUCAUUUCUGUAAAUGGGAAAAAAGUGUAUGUGUACGUAAUACUACGAUGUUUGUACCCGCCGCAGAGUGAUCCUACAAUCCCCAUUGUUACAAUCAUCAUAUAUAAUUGAACUCAAUUGGGAAUUUCGGAAUUAGUUAGAGAAGUUA